CCCAGGUUUUUGAACGCUUAGCUUUACUGAUGUAGUUAUUCGCGUUAUUCGCACGACGGUCGCCCAAUGCCAACAGCCAACGCUGUUCUCCUAACGGACUUAGGUUUUCAACUGCUGCCCACCGACAUAGCAACGAUACUAUUUCAUGCCUUGACAUAAAAUGGAAUGCGAUAACAGCGGGAACGCAAGUAGUACUCCGCAAUCCGCGCAACAGCAAGGGGGAAUCUAGUAAGGUGAUAGGAUGCAAAGGCGACAAGGUCGACGCAAAGCGCUAAUAUGAAUGGGGGAAGUAAUGCACGCAAAGGUAUUGAGUAUGCAAUUGAAACUACGAAGAAGACCGACGCCUUACGCACACCAUGCGUUAUCCAUGCUCCUGUUGGGAGAAUUGCUUAUUAGUAGGCCACUGGGCGAACAUGGUGCGCAAGUGUCUGAACCAUCAACUGCCCUUGCAACGUACAAUGCGUUCCUACUACCUAACGAUGUGGUCCUCAAUAUGCGGACGGAGUGCAUAUCUGGAGGAUGAGAUGAUCAUCGCGUUGAUCGGGCCCUCAGGGUCAGGGAAAACCUCGUUUAUACGCCAGCUCACGGGACACUCCUUGCACCGAACCGCUUCCCGCUUUAAUAAUCCAACGUCUCGGAUAACGGCCACGGCUGUGGACAUACGGGGAGUCAAUAUUACCCUUCUUGACACUCCCGGUAUCGGUUCCCUUGCGGAUGGCAGACUUUUGUCUGAAUAUGAUAUCUUCCGCUUGGUGCGGAAUUGGUUACGGAAAACGAGACGCAGUGACCAUCUCGCCGGUAUACUGUAUCUCCAAAACAUGGACGAUAGACGACCUGUGCGGCCCGAUAUCGACUACUUCAGCGGAAUAUGUGAGGCCAACAACUUCUACUCGUCCGUGGUCCUAGUUGCUACUGGGUGGGAUAAGUUACGGUUACGGGGAGGCGGGUGGGCCAAGCUCAGGGAGUAUGAAACCAGUUUGUGGAGAGGGAUGAUCUCUCGCGGCGCAAAGGGGUUUCUCUACACAAACACUAAAGAAUCGGCGGAAGAAGCGGUCACUCUAAUCACCCACCCGCGCACAAGGGGCUGGUGAUUUUAUACUCAGGUCUAGACGAUAGGGAUUUUAUAUGCUGUUAAUAGAAACUGCACAAGGGGACUUUAGACGGGCCCCCUAACUGCAGAAUUUGGUGCGAAAUGCAUGGAUCGUUAAGUAUGUGAACCUGUUUCCGAUGCAGUCGCCAUUCUUUGGGUGUUCUCGCUUCUAUCGCAGGCAUCAAACACGCCGUCGACGCAAGGCAAGGAAGACAAUUGUGCCCGGCGCUUCAACAACACGAG